UUCCCCGCGACACGUCACGAAUCCCCGAGCCCCCAAAGACGGCGACCCUUAUGUGUUCUUGGCUUGCUUGGUGAUCCGGAAAGAAAAAAAAGUGUCAAGCAAGGGUCUUACAGUCGCAGAUCUCACCGCGAAACGUAGCGUUUUACAGCCAGUAAAGCAAUUCAAUACAGUAGCAAAGAUCUACCCCCAUACUCCAAGUACCGGCCCCGGAUUUGUUCCCCAUCUAAUCCCAUCAUCCUCUCGCCGACCUUGGACGCCAAAGCAUACCUAAGGAAGCGGACUUAUCAUUGAGGUGAACAAAGACUCGACAACGUCGGAUUUCAAUACAUUCCCUGGCAGUCUAAACUAAAAGCGUCUCGCAUCUGGCCCACAUUCGUGUUGUAUACGGUAAAAACGGCACUUGAAAGGGUCAGACUCGUCUAAGCACAGCCCCCUUCAAACAACACCCGCGCUGCGCCACGCUGUCAGGCAGAUUUCGCGGUCAAGUGCAUUCAGCCUUGCCAGACUUGGUGUUUCUAAAGACAGAAACAACUUACGCGCCAUGGAUCAACAAGCUGCCCAACCUGCAGGGCCGGCUCGUGGACGCUCUCCGUCUGCCGGGAAUCAACAGCCUCAUAUAAGAAAUAGUCAUUCUCCUUCGCCUCAUCCAUAUCAAUCCCCGGACAAUUCGAUCGGUCUCGGCAUUGGUAUAGACCCCUCGUCAGCUAGCCCCCAAUUCACCACCUCCGACUUCAACACCUACGAUAGUAAUAACGGCAGUAAUCAGUUCCUAAAUACGUCACAGCCGCCUCCACCCUUCGACCAGCAGGGUAUUGUUGACCCUGCGUCAUUCGACCUAAACCAAGAUUAUUCGCAAUCCCUGACAUCGCAGUCACAAGCAGCAUUUUCUCAGAACCUCCUGGCGUCCGACUUUAACAAUAGCGGCGACUUUUCACUAUUUCCGUCUAACCAGGGUGAUCAGUUUAAUACCCCUCUAUUUGGUGACCUUUCUCAAACUAAUGCGCAAUCCCUCGAUCCUAACGAUCUCACCAAUAUGACUUCGCCCCAGACACAUCACUCACCAACCCCUCCUCAUCUUUUAAAGCCAGAACCUGGCUCGACACACCAAUCACCAUCCUUCAACCAACAUCAAUUCUCCUCGCCAGGCCACUCAAGACAUGCAUCGCUUGGCCCGGAGGCAGCUCUUAUGCCUGGGCAGUUAGACUGGAAUCAACCACAAUUUCAGGGACACCGAAGAUCGCCUUCAGAGUACUCCGAUGCAUCUUCAGCUGCCCCGUCCCCACAUUUGACAGGCCAUGAUACCUUCGAGCAUCCGGAGCACGGUCAUUCACCCAUGCAAAGGGCCCAGGACGGUUUCUAUGACGGCGUCGUUGGACUGAAUAAUUUUAGCAUAACAAGCGCCAACCCGAAUAGUCGCAGUCCAUCGCACAGCCCAGCUAUCUCUCCUCGAAUUCUUCCACAACAGAUGACCGAUGCUGGCCAGCAAAAUCCAAACAUGAUGUUGACUGCAGGAGGAUACCCGAACCCAGCCACCAUGGGCUACUCUGUUCAAGGUUCCGAAGAAUUCCCCCCUCUAUCUCAAGAAGGAAUAAUAGACCCUACGAUAUCUCAGCCCAUGGCUCCGCCAUCGAUCAACAUUGACUUCGCGCCUAACUCAAGGCAGAACAGCUUCGAACCUCCAAAACCGCCCAUGGACGCACAGUCUUUAACGCCGCCCGAUAGAGGUCGUCCACGAUCCCGCCCGCGAGCAGUUACGGACCCCUAUAACAGCGGAGGAGCCGUCAUCUCGCGACCUAAUACCCCUGGGAGUUUAUCGCCGCAUCUUGGCGCUGAUCUGGCCAAUCGCAAUCGCUCCGGCUCCGAGUCUUCUUCUCGAUCACUUUCGCCUGGUGAUAGGUCUGGCAGCGCCAAUGCCGUUUCCAGAAGACGUCAAUCCAUGUCAGCGGUUCCUAAUAAUGUCAUAGCCCUGCGUCUGGCAGACCCUGAAUACCAAGCCGCCCAAGACAACGGGAGCACAAAACGUGUUCAGAAGCACCCCGCUACAUUUCAAUGCACGCUAUGCCCCAAACGUUUUACGCGGGCAUACAACCUGCGCUCCCACUUGCGCACUCACACAGAUGAGAGGCCCUUUGUAUGUACGGUCUGCGGAAAGGCAUUCGCUAGGCAACACGAUAGAAAACGUCAUGAAGGUCUUCAUUCAGGCGAAAAGAAAUUUGUCUGCAAGGGAGACCUCAAGGCCGGAGGGCAGUGGGGCUGCGGUAGACGGUUUGCACGAGCAGAUGCACUCGGACGUCAUUUCCGGUCCGAAGCGGGCCGAAUAUGCAUAAAACCCCUACUGGACGAAGAAAUGCUCGAGAGACAGAGAGUGUGGCAAGAACAACGGAUGCAGAGCAUGGCACAAAAUAUGGCCCAACCUCAAGCAGUGAUGGACCCCAACGUCUAUCCUGGAAUGGAGGCCGGUGGCUACAGUUUGCCUGCCGCUUUAUUAGCACAGUACCCAGCUCUGGCGCAAAUGAACUGGGGCCAGAAUGAUAUGAGUAAUGUAGAAGACGAGCUUAGCGGGCGUUCGAGCUUCGACGCCUCUGAUUACGAUGAUGGUGAUGAUACUGGCUACGUCAGUGGCCCCGGAACCGGAUUCGGCGAAGGCGGCAUGCAACAAAACUUCGGUGAAUCUAUCGGCUAUGCUAGCGAUUAUGGUGGUCGUUAAAAUCAUUAGGGUUGGCUCGUGCAACCGGCAUGGCUUCAUUAAUAUUCACGAUUUGGUGGCAUCAGUACUUAUUUGAACGGAACUUUACCCGACUAUAAACGAGUACACGGACCUUGGGCGCUCAGCGGAAUGACAUUUUAUGACGAUUUUUUUUAUUUUUAAAAACACUUUGUGUUUUCAGGUUAUUACCCCCUUUAGAUGGCAUGAUAGAUACCAAUAUCGAAUUUCACGUUUUUGAUUAUGUGGCCCUAAUUGUUAAAAUCCGGACGUGAGCCUAUGGUGUAUAAUAGGUAUAUCUUAGCUCGAUGUCAAAUUUCCCGAAUACACUUCUAGAUAUUUCUCAGAGCUACAGGACGUCGAAGUUUUAUAUCCUAGCUAGUCUAGAGAUCUACCUAGGUAUGCUUGAUAAUCAAUGCUUUGCCCCCUAGCGUAUGUGGGGGAGCCCCGCCCGAUCGAUUGAAUCGGUAUA